AUGCCUCGACACUUACCUUCGGUACAAGAGCACAGGGUUACACCGCGCGAACGUGACCCGGGAGGCCCCCCCCGGGACCAGCAGGCGCAGAUGUUGUACGACAUGUGGCUGCUUGACAUCCCUAAGCUCAUGGAUGUGGCCGUACUGUACGGCACCCACAACUUGGACCUCACACGCAAGUUUCUAUGCCAGGCGCGUAGGAUCUUGGGACACGUGUUUGAGCUGCAGCCCCGCUACAGUGACGACCUGGCCGCCUCCGCUCCGCUGCUGGUGGGGAACCUUGCGGAGGUGGUGAGUCGCUGCGGGGUGGCCGGGGACAAAGCGCUGAAGACGGGGUCAGCAGCUGCAGCCGCGCACGCGAAGGAGCUGCGAGACGCGGUGGACUACCUGCGCGACGCCGCCGUGACGCUGACGGCCUUCGUGGCGUGCUACAGCCCCGCUGCGGCCGCAUUGCUACAGCCGGAUCACGGCGCGUUGCUCUGUACUCUGGCAUCCGCGCACGACAGGUUGCUGCCGCAGCUGGCCCGAGUGUUCUCACAGCCCGGAGCGCAGACGCCCAAGCAGCAGGCGGCCGGCAAGGCGGAGGCGGGUGGCGGAGGCGGCCGGGAUGACAUGGGUGCCAAGCUAGGUCAGGUGGCGGCUGGUUUGCGGCGGCUGGGAUACCUGCUGUUGUUGUACGGCUGCUGCGGUGUGGCGGCCCCAGGGUCCAAGCGGCAGCCCAAGCCCUCGCAGCAGGUGGCGGAGCUCCGGGGCAACGAGCUCAUGUCGUUGCUUAUGGCCGUAUCGUCUGCCGGUGCGGCACCAGGAGGAGAAGGGCAGGACGGCGCUAGUGGCGCGGGUGGCUUCCUCGGGGUUAUCAAUCAGGACAGUCGUUUUGACGCACAAGUGGCAUCUGCCCUGUUGGAGGGCACGAUAGCGCUGGAUGAUGCGCAGUUCGAUUACCUGCUGGCCCUUGUUGGGGGUGACCCACGGGUCAUGGACCGAGUCAGGACGCAGCGCCGACAUGGGGAGCCGCAGGCGGGGCCGCAUUCUACGGGAGCAGGGGCGGCCUCCUCCUCCGCCGGCGCGGGUCCAUCUGGUUCUUCCGGCGCGGGGCCGUCCGGUUCCGGAGGAGCUCCUGGUCGCAGCGACGACGACGCUGCAGCCGCCCUGCGGGCCUCCCUCGUCAGCCAAAUCAAGGAGCUACUGGGCGACUAUGGGGACGGCUUCUUGGCGGCCUGCCUGGAGGUGCUGGAUAAUAGCCCGGAGAAGGUGAUUAACGCGCUGCUGGAAGACAAUUUGCCACCCCAGGUCGCUAAGCUGGACAGGAAGCUGGCCACGUGGGGCGGGACAGAACCCAAGGCAGGCGCUGGUCCCUCUGGCUCCGGAACCAACUCCGCGCCACAGGACGCUCUGGCGGCCAUGUCUUCCUGGAACGCACUGGCGGGACUGGCUUCGGCAUCAACGUCAUCACCGGCGGCGGCGGGGCCAGGGUCCGCCCAGGUUGCAGGAGGCGGUUCCGGUUCGGGGUUCUGGAGGACAGCAGUCGGCGGGAGUGGUAGCGGUGGCAGUCUACAUCGGGGCACACUCAAGAUCCUUGACCGAGUGGAUAAGGAGGUCAAGGCGCUUACGUCACGGCUCGGCGACGAGCUACAGUGGGAGUACGACGAUGAGUACGACGAUUCCUUUGACGACCUGGCCGGCGGCGGUGCUGAUGGCGUGGCGGACGCAGAGGGCGACGAUGAGGACAGCGGUGCAGGUCGGCGGGUGGCUGCGGCUCGUGGUGCCGGGGCUGCGGGGCUUGGCCCAAGCCGCUUGGGCGGGCUUGGGAGAAACAACCUGGCGGCGUCGACGGCCGAGUACGAGGACGAGCCCAACGACGCUUCGUACAGCAGCCGCGGGCCAACGGGCACGUCCAACGCCUAUAGGCCUGCACCCAGCCGUGGCGAUGCUGGUUCAGCUGCGUCGGGGUCGUCUGCAGCGGGACUGCGCGGUACAGGAAGACCACCCGCGACGGCGGCUGCGGCCGCUGCAGUGGCCGCCGCGGCGGCAGCCUCCGCAACGACAAAACAAGACGGCGCACCUCGUCGUGCUCCUACGAUGGUCGGACACGGGCCUACGCCGCCGCCAACAGCCGGUGGUCGGACUGGCGGUCGCGGCGUCGGGGCCGCGGCCAUGCCAGUUCCGGGUGGUGCAGGUCGGGGAGGUCGCGGAGGCCGCGGCGGGGAGCGGUUGUGGGUGCUGGACGGCAAGAUCUACAACUAUGCCAAGGAGGGAGCGCAGAUGGUCAGCAGCCGCCAGGAGGCGGAUGCGCUGAUGGACGCGGCUCGGCAGGCGGCCAUGGCGAUCCACGGGCUGGGCCCUGGUGGCAACAAGGGCCUGAUGCGGCAACAACAACAACAACAACAGCAGCCGGCAGCGGAUGGGAGCGACAGCAGCGAGGACGAAGGGCGAGGAGCGCAGGCAGCACAUGGCCGGGGUGGAGGUGGUCGCGGUGGCCAGGGUGGCGCGGGAGGCCGCGGCAGCGGUGAGGGAGGCGGGAGUGGUGACAGACGGCAGCACGACCGGAAGGAGAAGAAUAAGGCGGCGGUUGCAAAUCACCACCGGAAGGAUCGGGCGCUGCGCAAGCAGGGCUUGCUGUGA